AUGAUUAGAAGUACUGAACUUCCACUUUUACCAGGUUAUUCUUUCAAUUACAAUGUGGGGCAAACGAAAUUUCAUAAGUCACAACAUUUCACAAGAUUGGACAAUGAAAUACCAUAUUUGGCUGAAAAACUGGUUCCUGGAAUCGGAGGUGUUCCGCUCUCUUACAUUAAAAUUGAUGAGAUGCCAUCCGUGUAUGCCAAAGGCGAAGUGCUUGAUGUUCCUAGUUGGCUGGUUUACGAUAAACAGAUCUUGUGUUUUGAGGCUUAUUACCUAGAGUCUAUGAUAGAGAGUGGGAUGUAUUGCAACUAUAUGGUCCGCAACUGUAGAAUAUUAUAUUUCUUAGAAGAUGGGACAAUGCAAGUUGUAGAGAAACCUGUGAUUAAUAGCGGAUUGCCUCAAGGAGUGAUAAUGAAACGUCAGAAGAUUAAAAUUCCUGGUAUGGAGACUAAUUCUGAUUUUUACGGAAUAUUAGACCUAAAUAUUGGGAGAGAAAUAGAACUUUACGGAAAAGUGUUUAAAAUCACUAACUGUGACGCUUUCACAAGAAAAUUUUUAAAUCGUUUAGGCAUUCCUGUCCCGGAAGGAUCAAAAAGUCCACAGGACCCAUAUUUGGAGAAAAGAAUUAUGGAUAUACAGAAAAAGAAGAGAAAAGUAUUGAAACACAACACUGUUAGAAAAUUGAUGGAAAUGGAUAAUAGAAUUUUAACAUUCAAAGCUUAUUGGGACGAUCAAGAUACAGAAGGCGGUUACGUACACCUGCUAAGAAUCUUGUUUUUUCUCAACGAUAAUACUAUCGAAGUUAAAGAUGUAACUGAAAGUGAAAAACCUUACUACAUUAUUAAGAGAACCAAAAUUUCUAAGGAUGGACACAUGAGUAUUUCCCAGCCAGGUGACAACGAAGACGUUACACUCUUAAAUGUGUUAGGACCAACAGUUGAGAAUAGCAGAUGUGUUAUUGACCCUUUAGGACUUGGGCUUGAGGAGAAAGAAUACUACACCGAUCGGGAUAUCACCAUCGGAUCUGUAAUUUGCUCGUAUGGCCGCCGAUUUGUAAUUUAUGAUAUGGAUAAGUUCACGAAAGAAUAUUACGCUCAGAAAUUCGGACUAGAUGAUUUAAACCCUUUGGAAAUCCCGAUAACUAAAGGAGAAACAAAAAUAAUUAAAAAUUUUAAGGAAACAAUAGAAGAGCUGCCUCCUCAUAAUGGAUUUGGAUCAUUUGAAGAUUCUGCUAUUAAUUGCCUUUACCUCGUUCCAUCAUCGUACGUCAAGUCCUGGAAACGGAAUAUAGCCACAGAACCAGUUGGUUAUGAUAGCAAGAUUUUGAGAUUUCUGGCUGGGUUGGUUGCUGAAAAAGAUCUAGAACUAGAAAAAACCAGGGAUUUUAUAAUUUCUUACUAUUUAGAGGACAAUGCUUUAUCUGUGUAUGAAAUUCCAAAAGUUAAUUCAGGAAUAUCUGGUGGGUAUAUUAUUAAAAAGAGAAAAAUAUAUAAAUCAGGAUAUUCAAAAUUUUCUAGUAAACCUCCUGAAGAAAUAAGUUUAGAAGAGCUUUUUCUGGGAAAUACAAUAAAUCUUGAUAACAUGAUUUUUUAUUUGCAUGAUAUCGAUGAAUAUUCAAUGAAGUACAUGGAACUUCAUCCAAAUGAGUUUCCUAAGAAUAAUUUAAGGCUAAUAAUUGAUAAACUAAGAGAAGGUGUCAGAGCAAAUUACAAGCAGUGGGCUGCACAAUUUUUCGACCAAUCGGAAUUGAAACCAUUACCUUAUUAUAAAUUCAGAAAUUACUUAAUAAGAGAGCUUGGAAACAAGAUAACAGAGCAUGAAAUACUAGCACUGGGCAGAUAUUUCAAGAUCCCAUUUAUGCGGGAAAAUGUGUCAUUAGAAAACAUAAGAUGUUUGGUACAUGAUGAAUUGAAGAGGUUUCUUUAUGAUGACUUUAUAAGAGUAGAAGAAACUUUUCGACAUUUCGACAAAGAGAAAAGUGGUCUUGUGACUCUGACAAAUGCCUACACUACUUUGAGAGGGGCAAGGCUACCACUCGCACCAGACUUCAUAAAUCUUUUAAUUGAGAUGAUAGCUAAAUCUCAGGGGAGAGAUGACGGCAAAGUAGAAUACUGCCAGCUAAUUGAUUUCUUGAAUUACAAGAAAAACCCUAUACCUUCAGUACAGAGAGUUGGUUUUUCCCAAAUAUAUGAAUAUGAAAAACUUUCUACCACAACCCAAGAUACAAGAUUUAGCCUCAUCGAUAUAAAAAAAUUGCUAGAUCUUUUGAAAUUAGAAGAUGACUUGAAGAACAAAGGACAAUAA